AUGCCAAAACCAAAAAAUUAUGUAUUUUGUUAUUACGUGUCAGGACAUGGAUUUGGGCAUGCCACUAGAGUAGUGCAAGUAGCAUCAGAAAUAUUGAGUUUACAAAGAAAUCAUACAUUAUAUAUCAUAUCAAAUGCACCAAGAUUUAUAUUUCAAGGAGCAAUAGAUUUAGGAGCAAGAUAUAGAAAUGCGCCGAUAGAUGCGGGAGUAAAGCAACCUAGAGCAUACACUGUAGAUAGACAAGAAACUAUUAAUGAUUUAAUAAAAUUUUUAGAUAAUAAACCUGUAAUGUUAGAAAGAGAAAUUCAAUGGUUAAAAGAAUUUAAAGCCGAUAUUGUAUUAUCUGAUGCACCUUUUCUUCCAUGUGCAGCAGCGGCGGCGGCUGGAAUACCAUCAGUUAUUAUUAGUAACUUUACUUUUGAUGCGGUGUAUAAUGGAUUAUGUGAAGGUGAUGAAUUUGAUAAUACAAUAAAAAAACUUGUUGAACAAGUUAUAGAAGAUUAUAAACAUUCCGAAUUAUUAAUUAGAUUACCAGGUCACAUACCAAUACCAUCAUUUUCGGGUACCCAACUUUAUCCUUGUAAUACUAUAACACCACCAUCUUCUGAAAAAUCGUUUUUAUUGUAUAAUGAAGAAAAAUUAGUAAAUUAUCUUAGUGAUAUUAAUGCUUUUUUUUCUCCAUCUUCCAAAUUAUUCAAACAAUAUCGUAAUGUAAUUGAUGUACCUCUGGUGGUACGUAAAUCAAAAACUUGUAAAGAAAUUGUACUAAAAAAUCUUGGUAUACCAAAAAAAAUUUUUAAUUCUCAUAAAAUUUUAAUGGUGUCUUUUGGUGGACAAAAUUUAGUCGGUAUAGAAGAUUGGGGCACGUCUUCUUUACCUGAUAAUUGGAUAGCUAUUGUGUGUGGUAGUAUGAGUACUAAAUUACCUGAGAGAUUUUAUUCUUGUCCAAAAGAUGCUUAUAUACCUGAUUUAACUAAUGCUGUCGAUGCUGUUAUUGGUAAAUUAGGAUACGGUACUUGUUCAGAAUGUAUCGGUCAUGGAAAACCUUUUAUUUAUAUUUCAAGACCUCAGUUUAUUGAAGAAUUAGGAUUAAAACGUUUAAUGGAAUCACAAGGAAUCUGUGUUGAAAUGCCAAAAUCUCAUUUUGAAUCUGGUCAAUGGAAAUCUUAUAUAGAUAAAGCAUACGAUCUAUCAUCAUCAUUACCAACACGUACUACAACAAUUAAACCUUUAUCCCAUGAUGGUGGUUAUAUUACUGCUAUUAUAUUAGAAAAAUUUUUAGAUAAUCGUAAUUAUUAUAUCAGUACUUCCUCUAACAAUAAGAAUAAUUCUUCCCUUAUUAGUAAUAUUCAUAAAACUAAUACUAAAUUAUUGAACAAUGGGGUUAUUUCAUAA